AUGUAUCAUUCUGCCAUAAGCAAAUUGUCGCUUGUCACGUCUUUCCGUGUUUUCCUCACGUUGUAUAGUCAAUUCUCACGUAAUCAAGACAUCAUUGAACACAUGGCAAUCUUUAAAAAUCUUCGCUUCUGAGCGUUCUUCGCACUUGUUUAUUAAUUAUAGGUUCAAGCAACCAACAUAAAAAUGGGAACAAUGUAGCGGACAAAGUAAAAAAAAAGUGAGAAUAAUGGAAAAUAUCCUUAAAGGGAAGUGUCCUCUUCCGAUAAAUAUUUAUAUUUUCGAACGUUCUUUAAAAAUUCGAGAAUCUUGUUGACAACGUGUGAUUUUUCUGUACCAGUUUGAGUUGAACGUGUGACUAACUUCCUUUUCCUUUUUUUGCGUUCAAACUAUAAAAUUUUACGAUUUCCUUUUUUUCCAAGUUUGUUUGUCAAUGAGAAUAUUUUUUUUAAUAAGAAGAAACCAUUGCUUCAAGCUUUUGAUUGUGACUUGAAUGGCCAUGUUUCAGAAAAAGGCGUAGUUUUGAAAAAAAAACAGGACGUGAAAAAAACUUUGAGCUUUUUUUGCAACGAAGAAGUGCAGAAAAAUUAAUUUUUUUCCGUUUCGUCUUUUGGUCUCGCAUAAUCCAAAAAGCUGACUUCAGCAAGUGUGCGUUGAUCCGGAGAGUGAUAAGAAAAAGGAUGAUAAGGUCGAAUUGUGAUAACUUUUGUUUGAAGGUGGUCAAAAAUCGUUGGGCGUUUUCAACUUCCGCAGGCUUCCUUCUUUUCAUGGCCAUUGUCACAGGAAAACGUUUGUUUCUUCUUUUUUUUUUUGAAUGAUUCUUUGUUAUCAAACAACUUAUUUUGCAUCAUUCAAGUUUUCACAAGCCUAUUUGAAAGGUAUAAGUAACUUCUAAGGCCAAGAAGUGUCCUAUUAUUAUCAGUACGAUAAGGAUAACUGAUUACCUUUCAAAAAAGACAGAUAGAAAGAAAAACAGAAACUGGCAAGUUAUGAAAAUCAGCAAGAAGGCACGUGAAAAAUUGGAUAUGUUUUCGAUUCCAAAUAAAGUUACUAUCAGGUGGGAAAGUGCGGAAUUGAGAUCUUUGUGACAAAAUUUUCAUAAACAGGGUUUUUUGAAGGGCGAGUGUGAGAAAUUAAUUAAAGUUUGAAGUGAACUUAUCGCUUUGCAAAAAAAAAAAGAUAAGGUUCUGGUUUUAAAGAUUUCUUUCAGGAUUUCAAAGACAGUAAUUUCACUUUAAGCAUGAGUAUAUCAUUAUGUCAUACUGUAAAGUUGUUAUAGGUUUUUUUUUAAAUUUGAAAUAGGUCAUUGAGGAUUUUGCUCUUAUUUUGGUCUUUUUGGAGGCCAAUUAUUGGCGAAAUGUAGGAUCAAAGUUCUUUCAAUCUACUUUUGAUUGAGGCAGAUUUUUGGAUAAAUAUAGUUUGAUCAACUUUUCUCGGGCUUUUUCAGAACUCGGGCAAAGUCGGAAUGGUGAAUAAUAAAAGGGAGAGGCUCAAAAAAGGCCGCAGAAAGGCCGCAAAAAUCAAAAAAGAGAUACUCUUUAUCGAACCUUUCAUUUGUCUGGGAUUUUAAAGAAUCGAGAAAUGGUGGAGAAAGGGAGAGGCAGCAAAAACAUCUGAAAGGAACAUUUCUAUGAAGCCUUCCAGCAGCCUCAGAGGGUCCUUCCGUCUUUGCCUAUGAAACUUGGAAUGAUUCCUUUUCAAAAUGAAUACCCCUUCUUUCAACGUUACUUUAGGUCAUUUAUAAUUUCUGAUUUUCUAGUGAAAAACUUUGAACAAACUUUACAACUCUCCAAACAACUUCAAGUAGAAUUUCGAGGCUUUAUCGAUAAAAUCAGCUCUAAACCUUCUAAAAGCCAUUCAGCAGCCGUCUGUGUACUAUUCGAACCCAACUUCCUUUGUGCAAACGCCGAAACUUUGCCCUAUCGAUAGCUACCGUAACCCACCCUCAUGCUUCUUCUUUUCCUCCCGUUUUCACGUGGACGACACGUGUGGUCCAAGUGUACGAUUGUGUAGAUUGGGCGCGUGUGAAAUGAAUGGGAAAAUUGUCGUCGGCGCGAACUUUGUCCUCAUCAAUCCGCCUCUCGCCUGUCUGUUGGCACUGGGGUCCAGUUCCUCGCACCCAAUUCGGUAGGCUUCUUUUGAUCUACGUGGUCGAUUCACAAAGAUCGACUUCGGGCCGGGGUCAAGCGAAGAUCAUUGGAAUAGAGUUUCUUCGAGGGAAACGAGAAAUUGGGAGUUUUUGACGAAAUUAAGCUUUUGUAGUCCUUUAAAAUGGUUUAUAAUAAGUCUUUAGGGUGCAAAAAAAAAUCAUAAGUUCUUCUGAAAGGAAAGAAUUUCAAAAAGUAAAGCGAUAAAUUUUUUUAAAGCUUUUGAAACAAAAAAAGAGAGUCUUCAACUUUUUUUCAACUUCUUAUUUUUUUGAACCACGUCCAACUUUUUCAUAUUAAUCCCAAUCCCUCAUGAAAAUGAAUCGAAGGAGGAUAUUUUUUUAAAUUUUCUUCGAAAAUCUUGAAUGCGAUUUUUUUAUCAAAAAAAUAUAAAUAAAAAAAUAAAAUACACGUUUUUCAAUGUUUCGAGUGCGCUUUAUAAACAGUAAUUUUCUUUUUCAAAUCGAUCAACGCUUUUUUUCUCAGCUUUUUAAGGCUUUCAUUCAUAGUUGGCUCUACAGGUUUACAGGACUCGCAACAAAAAAUUUCAAUUAAAUUUCAUCUUAAAUGUAAUUUCAUUAAGGAGACUUCAAAUUUUUCUUGUAAAAAAAUGUUGGAAGGGAAAACAGUGAGAUCUAUACCAUAUUGACAGCCUUCAAUAAGAAAAGCUCCAAAAAGAGAACAUUUCGACUUUUGGCCGAGGAAAACAAGGGAGGUCGUCGUGGCCGAAGACCCGCUUCCAUUGGACCGUCGCUGCGAACGUUUGUUUUUGCAGUUCUGGCGGGGCUACAUUCUUCUUCGAGUACGCAGGAAUUACUGAUUUCAAAUUGAGAAAGUUGGUAUCGUUCAGUGCGCUACAGAGGAAUUAGGGUCACUUUUUCAAAAAUUAGCCCAGAGGCUCUAGGAAAAUUGUUAUCUUAACAGUAUAUUUGAAAAAGAAAAUCAAAAAUAUUGAGAAGAACCGUAAAAAUUGAGUCUGAUGUUCAAAAAAUUGAAUCCUAUCGUCAUCGCUUGAGGAGUAACGCAAAAAUUCGAAAUUAAGUUUUUGCAGACUUAUUUUCGUAUAGCACACAUUCCUGUUAGUGCUCUGCUUUUUUGGAAUCUUCUGAUCAAAAGUUUUGAUUUUUUCAUAAGCCAAUUUCGCAGCUCAAAUUUAAUUUUCGAUUGUAAAACCAAAAAUGUUUGAAGCGGCUAGCUGAACAAUUAUCUAAGCAAAGUUUGAUAAUUACUGUAAAAUACACGAAGGAAUCACUACAUCAAAAUAUUCGGAACAUUCUUUUUAUUUUUUACCGAUACAAAAAGCUUUUUUUCGUAGUUAAUUCUAAGUUUUCGGCCGAUCCAAUCACCCCACAAAAUUUCGAUCUUAUAAUCCUCCAUUGAUAUGAUACGAUUACAAGUAGCAUCGAUAGGCCGCUCAAAACAAUGGAGAAUCUUUGGAGGAUUCCUCCAGAACCUUAUCGAGAAAAAUGGUAAACGCAGCAGUUUCUGCGUGGAACACACGUGUGCAAAAUGCGAUGUCAGCGGAAAAUGAACCAGUUUGGAAAAUAUUGUUUGCCUUGAGGGGCCUUGGAGAAGAUAUAGUUUUUGUCGGAGGUUAUCUAAUCAAGAAGUGGCAUUGAGUGUUUCGAAGAAACUUCGUCGAGGUCAUUGCAGAAUUGCAGAAUUUCCCAUCCAUUCGAGCCAUUUUUGAUGGACCUCGAAGUGUGCAGGGGGUGAUAACUACUCCUUUUUUGGGAAUGGAAAAUAUUCGCACCUUUCUCGAAAUUUGAUCGUUCUCUGCCCGUGGCGCCGUUCCUUUCUGUUAUUUUUUUCACACCUGUCAAAUUUCCAGCCAAACACCGAAGACGAUGGCGUUUAUCUACACUUCUUGCGAAUAAAGACCUUAUUUAACGAAAGAUUUAGUGUUUUGUUUUUUAUGCGGAACCUUGUCUUUCUCCAGUCAGCAGUUCAUUUUUUUAAAGGUAAACAGCUUAUGAGUCAAUCAGGACAGGGUAUUGCAUGUUAGAUGGAAGUGAGGGUUUAGAUUAUACAUUAUAUUAAAGAAUAUUUAAUUGAAGUUCUUGGUUGCAUUUUUCUAUAGAAACAACUGAAAAGGGAAAUUUGAAAAUCAUUUUGUCAAAACUCGAAAAAUCAAAACGAAUUUCUUCUUUAACUUAGAUAUCGAGAAUUCUAAGAAGCUUCGGAAUUGUUUGGGAGAUCCACUGGAGCUUAAAGAGCAAUCAAUCCGAGAUUCUUGAAACUUACACAGCGGCGACUUCAUUGAGCGAUCAAAUCCGAAAAAUCAGAUCUUUGAAGUUAAAAAUUCGUUCAGAAACGUCUAAAAAAUGAUUACUUGAUUUAAAAAAAGACGUUGCAAUGAAACUUCUCGCUUUUUAAAAUUUUUUAUUGUGUUUGAAAUAGCAAUCUUACUCGCAAACUUUAAAUUUUAGUUCUGAAACGCGAAAAAAAUGUCAAAAGUUUAGAAGGGUGGUUAUAGAGAAGAAAAAAAUAUCUUCAAAAAAAUAAAUAAUAUAAUUUUUGACGCUCAAAUUCGAAAGAGCGAUCAAAUCUGUAACAUGAUUUUUAAUCUUGGGAAAUUUGGAAGCUUACCAUUUAGAUUCACCGUAAGAAAGUAACUUUUUAUAUUAUUUUUUUCCUGAAAAUUACCAGCCUUUCAAAAUUCUUCCAUUUUUCAUAAAAUUAAUGGAGUUCAGUAGAGGACCUUAGUCAAGAAACUUUCAGAUAAACUGGAAAAAUGUUUAGAGCUUCGAGUAAAGUGAUCUCCCUCGUCAGCUCAAUGAGCGAUCAGAUUAAUAUUUUCCUUGAAAAUCACUAAUUUUCCAAAAGAUAAACUCCCAAACUUUCACCUACCGUAAUACUGAUAAAAAAAAUCCAAGUCAAGCCUGCAAAAAUUGAAAACCAUCCCAAACAUGAAGAAGAUUGUCAACAAAAAACUGAAGGGGCAAAAUCCAAAAUUCUCCACCAUCGUAAACCUUGUAGUCAAUACAAUUUUCCGGCCCUUAUCGCUUAAAAAAAUAGCCGUUCUUUAGGGCCUUUUUCGGGUGCAAAAUAGGCGGAGCUCGGCCGACUCCGCCCCCAAAUCGGCACCGGCGGUAUAAAAGGGGACGAGCGAGGGGCCAGUUCUAGUCUCUUUCCCACAGUGACACUCACGCUCACGAAAACACGCACACAUUCACGUUCCCUCAAGCUCACACAUUCACGAGCUCUACUGUGUCUGUGAUAUCCACGUGCUGUCCACGUGAUCCAAUGGAAGAGCUGCCGCCCAUGUUCUUCGAGGUCGAACCUUCGACCAGUCGCCAGAAGUCCCAGGUUAGCUCGACUUCUUUCUCAUUUAUCCAGCUUUUAUCUCUUUUUUCCUUUUUCUCGUCCUCUUCCAAGAAUGGAAAUUUUUCAUCUUUUUUUUCACUAUCUAACUUUUUCAUAUGUUCAUUUUCACUUUUUCAAAAAUAACAUAACUUCUACAAACUCUCUUAUCUUCCUAGUUGUUCAUUUUCUUCAUAUAAACUACCAACUUCCGUUUUUGGCUCCUACAACGUGGUGAAGAUCAAAUAGAAGCGUCUUUUUGCCUAGCUGAUUUUUGAUCGAUUCCCCAACGGCGUAAGAGAUCAAAAAAUACAUGUUCCUCGUGACUUUUUUGUCCUUUUAAGAAGUUUUUUCAUGCUAAUUUAUUAGUUUUCCGGCUGAAAAUCUUCGUAAGACUUCGAUUUGUAAAAAUGUGAAAAUUUUUUGAAUUUUUCGCUAAAACCAACUGGAUGAGAAAAAUUUCUUUUUUCUCAAAAAAAUGUCUUAUUCCUGGACAAUUUUUUUGACCCUAUUUAUUCUUUGCGAAAAAAACUUCCUGCCUUGAAAACACAAGAAGUUUUUUUAAAAACAAGAUUUUUUUGAAAUAAAAAAAGAACAUUUUUAAUUAGAAGUCAGAAAAAGCCAAUGAAAUUUUUGCAGUACAGUCAAAAGCAGUUUUUUUUUAUUAAUAUAUAUGAAAAUAUCAUUUUUUUCCUUCCUUGAAAAUUUUGACCUUUCUUUCUCAGUUUCUCAUGAAUAUCCUUUGCAGCAGAUGACGUCGGCCCAAGUGCGACAAAUCCUGGCCCAAGCAGUAAUUGAACGACUCCAACAAUGGUGCAUGCAGCUGUUCUGGAUGACGGUCCUUUGCGUCAUGAACUGCUGCGGAGAAUCUGCGCCCGACUCGCACAAGGCCGCCAGACAUCCGUCGUUGCUCCUGAAGUCGUCGACGUCUUCAAGACGGAAACGAACGAGCGUCGCCGAAAUCGAGAAGAAGGUUUCGAUUUUCUCGCGCAUAUAAUGAUCGAUAAAUCUCGGCGUCCAAUGUGGGGGGGGAGUGUUUUUGGAGAGUGGCGGGUGUUAUGAACGUCUCAUGAUUUAUUGCCAUGUUUUUGCAGUGAUUAGAAUCGAAGUUUUUAUUGGUUUUUUUUGGAUGGGGUGUGCAAAAAGUGUCUUAUGGAGGUGUUAAAGUAUUGAGUAGAUCUUUUUGCCGAUUUUUUUUUUCAAAGAGAGUUGGAACUUUUCGACGAAGUUCUUUAGACCAUUCCCCUUGAUAACUUUUCUACAAACAAAACAUUUUUUGUUCCGUUCGAUCUAACUUUCCGAUUUUCAGCUUCUGCGACACCUGACGUCUCCAUACCUGACGUCGCCCCUGAGGCCGAUCUCCAGAAGUCACAAGAAGCGAGUUCUCUCUCGUCCGCCAUCACCUCAACUCUUCGACAUCCAGGAAGAGGAUUGA